GCGCUAAAUCACAGUCGUCACUUGGCUUGCAGACGGGCCUAGAACGAGACCGCCGAAACGAUCAAAGUUCAACUCCCGUCGCCAUGUGUUCCCGGCCCUCCAGAACCGACGAGCCAUACGAGGGCGAGGGCUACAACCAAAGCCCGGACCACCUCGCAGCUGACCUGACCACCAACCAGGACCUCAACGGCAUCGCCAACACGCGAGAGGCCCGCAACCACCAGGAUGCCCACAUAAAGAACAGCCUGUCGCAUGCCCUCGAAAACCACGAGAGCGUCCGUUUGGGCGAACCCCUGGCCGCCGAUGCCGGGGGCGGCGGCGGCGGUGGGAAGUCGGCCAGCGACUGGGUUCACCCAAUUGCUGGCCGGCUUGAUGGGGCGGAGGCCGGGACGAAGGGCGAUUCGAAGCUGGCUGCUGCUGCUGAUGUUGCCGAGCUGCCCGCCCCUUCGAGUUUCCGCCUCCCCCCUCGGGGCGAAGGUGAGGGCGCCCACCCGCCCAACAGUCUUUCGCGUUUCGGCCGCUACAAAAAGGCCUUUCUCACCUUCAGCCAAUUUGUCGGCCCCGGCUUCAUGAUUGCGGUUGCAUACAUCGACCCCGGAAACUACGCCACCGACAUUGCCGCUGGAGCCUCGUAUCGUUUCAAUUUGCUGUUCAUCGUUCUCUUGAGCAACCUGUUCGCCAUCCUCCUCCAGAGCCUGGCCAUCAAGCUCGGCACCGUCACCGGCCUCGACCUGGCCUCGGCGUGCCGCACCUUUCUGCCGCGAUGGCUCAACUACUUCCUGUACGCGCUCGCCGAAGUCGCCAUCAUCGCGACGGACAUCGCAGAGGUCAUCGGCACGGCCAUCGCCCUCAACCUGCUCAUCCCCCAGCUCCCGCUCGUCGCGGGAUGCGCCUUGUCUAUCCUGGACGUCAUGGCGAUUCUCUUCUUUUACAACCCUUCCGGCUCCAUGAGAGGCCUCCGCGUCUUUGAGCUCUUCGUUUGCAUCUUGGUCCUGGGCGUCGUCAUCUGCUUCUGCAUUCAGCUCUCGCUCAUCACAGAGACCAACGUCGGUGAAGUGUUCAAGGGGUAUCUCCCGUCUGGCGCUGUAGUUGAGCAACAAGGCCUUUAUCAAGCAUGUGGUAUCCUCGGCGCUACGGUCAUGCCUCACAGCUUGUUCUUGGGGUCGGGCAUCGUCCAGCCACGACUGCGGGCUUUCGACGAGAAGCGUGGGCUUCUUCCUGCCGAGCCCGCCUCGGCCGCAUCGUCCACUACGUCCGGCGUCGAUGGCAACGCCAAGGUCUACUAUAUCCCGUCGCUUGCAGCCAUCAGGCACUCGCUGAAAUACUCGAUCAUUGAGCUCGCGUUAUCGCUAUUCACGUUUGCGCUGUUCGUCAACUCGGCCAUCCUGAUCGUUGCCGGCGCGUCGCUGUACCAGAACCCGGAUGCCGUUGGUGCCGAGGACAUAUUCGCCAUCCACGCGCUGCUGUCGAGCAGCAUCGCCCCGGCGGCCGGCACCAUCUUUGCCCUCGCGCUCCUGCUCUCGGGCAUCUCGGCGGGCAUCGUGUGCACCAUCGCGGGGCAGAUGGUCAGCGAGGGCGCGCUGCGCUGGAAGAUGCGCCCGUGGCUGCGCCGGCUGGUGACGCGAUCUAUUAGCAUUACGCCGUCCAUCAUCAUCGCCGCGGCGGUCGGCCGGUCCGGGCUCAACACGGCCCUGAUGGCGUCGCAGGUCGUCCUCAGCAGCGUGCUGCCCUUUGUCACCGCCCCGCUCAUCUACUUCACCUGCCGCGACCGGUACAUGACGGUGCAGCAGGGCAAGGCCCGCUUCCACGUCGAAGAGAUCGAGGAGGCCGGCAGCGCUUCGUCCCUGUGGAAACUGUUCACGUCCAAGCGCCGCGCUCUCGCCGGCAUGGCCUCGGACGUGGAUCGCCAGGGCGAGGUCAAGAUGGGCAACUCGUGGUGGUUGGCCUCCGUCGCCUUUGCCGUCUGGCUCAUCAUCGCCGUCAUGAAUGUGGCGAACUUGGUGCUGCUCGGGCUUGGCCAGGGCUGAUUUGCUUAGCAGAGCUUCACCUGCAAUUUCGGUGCAGACUUGGAGCUAUGCGAGAUGUGGCUGAUCAAGUCGCAGAUGGUGGAAAAGGCAUGUCAUUGCACAAGCCCCUGUUUGAAAGGGCAGGGUUUACUCAGUUGGCCUACCACGUUGGUGCAGGGAGGCAGCUUCUGCGGAAGAUCUGGAGUGUUUCUUUUCGUUUCACUCAUUCAAAAUCCUAUACUUGUGGGGGUAGUCGCUCUUUGCACGCUCAUGGGUGUAACCAGGUCAUCCUCGAGAUAAUCUCAGGGAGGCCCUGGAAACCUUUUAACCCCUUCAACCGAACUCAUUAUAUGUCAGUUUCGGUUUCUUUGCUUUUUUUUUUCUGUCUGAUUUUUCUCUUCUGAAAACAAGUCCCACA